GGGGCGCGGAGCUCCGGCCUAUAAGGGCGCGCGGCGCGACCACCUCGGUUUGCGUCGGCGUCUUCUGCGGCGUCCUCCGCUGUCUUCGGAGUCCUCACAGCCUUCGGAGUCCUCACAGCCUUCGGAAGCCGGACCGGAGCGCGGCCUCGCGAGUCAUGGAGAUGAAGGCCGUGUGCGUGCUGAAGGGCCAGGGCCCGGUGGAGGGCACCAUCCACUUCGUGCAGAAGGGAAAUGGGCCUGUUGUGGUGUCAGGAACCAUUACAGGAUUGACUGAAGGCGAGCAUGGAUUUCACGUCCAUCAAUUUGGAGAUAAUACUCAAGGCUGUACCAGUGCAGGUCCUCACUUUAAUCCUCUAUCCAAAAAACACGGUGGGCCAAAAGAUCAAGAGAGGCAUGUUGGAGACCUGGGCAAUGUGACUGCUGGCAAGGAUGGUGUGGCCACCGUGUCCUUGGAAGAUUCUCUGAUCGCACUCUCAGGAGACCAUUCCAUCAUUGGCCGCACAAUGGUGGUGAGUUUUCAUAUGCUAGGAUAUGCGUACCAUUUCUUCUAAUACACAGACAUGUAUCUUUUCACGAGUUCAUGAUUAUUAAUCCUGGUUUCUAAGGAUCCAUGUACAUUGUACCUUUAGUUCAGAUUAGGAAAAGCAAUUACUUUAUAUGAUGAUUACAGUGAAGGUGAAUUAAUGAUGUAGGUGGUUAUGACACUCUUCUGUGGAACUGUGGUCGUUAAGUAGGUUACAUUUGGUCAUAUUAGAUGUGUACUGUGGAAACAGCAGUAGUCUUUGUCUAGUUUUAAAAUGGCCAGAUUUUCCUGCCACAAUUGAGUGUCCCCCUUGUAGUUAAACAGAACAUUUUGUUAAGUCUAAAAUCUGAGACGGACCUCAGCGUUAGUAUUUAUUCAUGUCUGCAGGUCACCAUCACUUGUUUAACGUGUGGGAAACGAUUGCCCUGAGUUACCCACGGGAGCUGCAUCUGGUUCUCGCAGACACCAAGUAGCGUAGGCUCUGUGUUGCCUGCCCCAGAGGACAGUUAACGUUCUGUAGUCCUUUCCUUCCAGGUGACCCUAGAGUUUUCUUCAGCUAUAGUUGCGAAGCAGAAAAAUCAUUGAUCAAUGUUUGAGGAGCCAAAUCUAAAAUACUAUUUAAAUAGUUGAAGAUACUUCUUAUUUACAGACUCAUAGUUCAUGAGGCACAUUUUUGAAUUUCUUUAGAAAUUCACUUUCAUUCCCCCCCCCCCUUUUUU